CACCAUGGUUAAGGAGGAACUUUCCGAAUUCGAGAAGCAGCGGCUCGCCAAUAUCGCCGAGCGCGAUGCGCUUCUCAAGAAGCUCAGCCUCGACGCGCAGUCGACAGGUGUCUUUACCUCAAAUAUGCCGAGAGGCACAUCUGCGAACCAGUCGAAGCCGAAGAAGAAGCCCGCGCCGAAAGUGAAAAAGGAGGAAUCGCUACUUCCUCGUCGUACAUCGUCGCGAUUAAGAGGCAUUGCGGCGGACAGCGAGAUUGCGAAACGCAAGGCGGACGAGGAGUAUGAUCGCAGGCAAGAGGAGGAGAGAGCGAAGAGGGUUCGGAAGUCGGACUCUUUCUCUUUCAAUGAUAUAUUUGUGUCGGGCCAAAAACUGUCCGGAGACGCUUUAAUCGGCGUGGAUGUAGUCACCAAGGGAGUCGCGGUCCCGUACCAACGGACGUUUGGAGAGGAGGACAUCAAAUCCACGGAUGACAAAGACUUGAAGGCGCUGAGAAAAGAGAUGAAUAGUCUAAGUCUUUGGGAAGCAUGGGAGCCUAACCGCAUUAAGAUCACCCCUGAGCGAAUCUACUCUAUGACAUUUCACCCGUCAGAAGCAAAGCCGGUAAUAUUUGCUGGAGAUAAAAUGGGCCAUCUAGGGAUCCUCGACGCAUCUCAAGAAAAGCCAACAUCAGCCGUGAAGAACGAAGACGAUGAAGACGAUGAAGACGAUGACGACCCUGAUCCGGUACUUGUUACGCUCAAACCCCAUACGCGUACCAUCAGCUCGAUGACCGUUCACCCUUCAAAGCCCACACAUCUCUACACUGCAAGCUAUGAUAGUUCUAUCCGCGAGCUGGACCUCGAGAAGACAUCAUCAGUUGAAAAGUAUGCACCUGAGUCCACGUCAGACGACGUCCCCAUCUCCGGCCUCGACAUGGCCGCCGGUGACCCCAAUACGAUUUACUGGACAACCUUGGAUGGCGCAUUCGGCCGGUACGACAUGCGCACAAAGCGACAGAGCUCCGCGACAACCUGGCAAUUAUCAGAGAAGAAGAUCGGUGGUUUCUCCCUAUAUCAAACACACCCGCACUAUGUCGCAACGGCCAGUCUCGACCGCACUAUGCGCCUUUGGGAUAUCCGAAAUCUCUCCCAUACCGAUCCUACGCCUGUCGGCGAACACCAGAGCCGCCUCUCGGUUUCACAUGCCGCCUUCAACUGCGUCGGGCAGAUCGCAACGUCUUCUUACGAUGAUACGUUGAAACUGUACGAUUUCAGCUCCAAGGGUAUCUCGUCCUGGAAGCCGGGACACAUACUUGAUGAAUCGGAAAUGAAACCCGAUACUAUUGUACGGCAUAAUUGUCAGACGGGCCGAUGGGUUACUAUUCUCCGCCCGCAAUGGCAACUCAACCCGCAAUCGGCCAUUCAGCGAUUCUGCAUCGGGAACAUGAACCGCUUCGUGGACAUUUACAGUGGCUCUGGCGAUCAACUUGCGCAGCUGGGAGGCGAUGGUAUUACAGCUGUCCCCGCGGUGGCGGUAUUCCACAGAAGCAAGAACUGGGUUGCCGGUGGGACGGCAAGUGGGAAGAUUUGUUUAUGGAUGUAG